AUGGCGCUGCCAAGGGGCCCCUCCUCCGUGGUCAAAGCUCCAAGCUCCAAGCUCCAAGCUCAUUUGAGCAGAAGUGGGAGUACAAGGGGCCUUGGCUCCCCUGCUCUGAAAACAAAUCCAGUGCUUGUUCGUUUUGGUUUAGGUAACCAAUUGGUGGUUGCUUUCAAAGAAGAUAACACUGUUGCUUUUAAGCACUUGUUUUUGAAAGGAUAUUCUGGAAUAGAUGAAGAUGACUACAGUUGCAGUGUAUAUACUCAAAAGGACGCCUAUGAGAGCAUCUUUUUUGUUAUUCAUCAGUAUCAUCAUCUAAAGAACAUUUCCCUGGCGACCCUUGACUAUGGAGAAAAUGAAGACAACAUAAUUGGCUUAAAAAUCUGUAAGCAGCAUUACAAGAAAGGGACCAUGCCUUCUUCUAAUGAGACCCUGAACAUUGACAGCGACAUUGAGACAGUUCUGCUGAGCGAUAACCUCUCAAUCUCCUUGUGUUUCCAGAUCACCUUCGAUAAUAAAGCGCACAGUGGCAAAAUCAAAAUCUAUUUUGACAGUGACUCCGAUAUUGAAGAAUGUAAAGACCUGAACAUAUCUGGCUCUAUUCAGAAAAACCCUCAGUAUGUCCUGGUGUUUGAUGCAUUUGUCAUUGUGAUUUGCCUGGCCUCCCUCAUCCUGUGCACAAGGUCUGUUGUUCUUGCUCUCCGAUUACGAAAGAGAUUUCUAAAUUUCUUCCUGGAGAAGCACAAGCGACGUGUGUGUGACGCUGACCAGUGGGAGUUCAUCAGUGGAUGGUACGUCCUGGUGAUCAUCAGCGACCUCAUGACCAUCAUUGGAUCCAUAUUAAAAAUGGAAAUCAAAGCAAAGAAUCUCACAAAUUAUGACCUGUGCAGCAUUUUGCUUGGGACAUCUACACUCUUCGUUUGGGUUGGUGUCAUCAGAUACCUGGGGUAUUUCCAAGCAUAUAACGUGCUCAUUUUAACAAUGCAAGCCUCACUGCCCAAAGUUCUCCGGUUCUGUGCCUGUGCUGGCAUGAUCUAUCUGGGUUACACCUUCUGUGGCUGGAUUGUCUUGGGCCCAUAUCAUGAGAAGUUUGAAAACCUGAACAUAGUUGCCGAGUGCCUGUUUUCCCUGGUCAAUGGUGACGACAUGUUUGCAACCUUUGCUCAAAUCCAGCAGAAGAGCAUCUUGGUGUGGCUAUUCAGCCGUCUGUACUUGUAUUCCUUCAUCAGCCUUUUUAUAUACAUGAUUCUCAGCCUUUUUAUUGCACUUAUUACGGAUUCUUACGACACCAUUAAAAAAUACCAGCAGAAUGGAUUUCCUGAAACGGAUCUGCAGGAAUUCCUGAAGGAAUGUAGCAGCAAAGAGGAGUGUCAGAAAGAGUCUUCAGCCUUCCUGUCCAGUGUCUGCUGUCUGAGGAGGAAAGGAAGCGAUGACCACUUGAUACUUAUUAACUAAAGUCCUGCUAAAGAACUAAGUGUCAGGCCUCCUUUUCCAGCAGCAAUGCAAAUGGACCACAGAUUAUCCUGGACCAGUGAUUCCUAAAGGAUUGUCUUAUUUAAUUGUGGAUUGGGAAAGAAGAGCGACUGUCAGCUGGCUGACCAUGACCGAAGUUCCAAACUUUAUAUAAAAAGUUGGAGGAUGAAGAAUAGACCACAGGCUGCUACUGGGCAUCAGUGCAAUUAAGCAGUGAUAAUGAAAUUCUCUACUGCUCUCUUAAUUUAUGACAUGAUGCUGUUGGGAUGGAAAAAAAAAAUCCCUUUUUAGACUGUACAAAACAAUGAUGUUGAAAGCCAUGUAUUUAAAUGUGUGUGUUUAUUGUCAGAUAAGGAUUUGUGUUAUUAGUGAUUAUUAAGUUCAAAGACAUAUGUUAAUUCAUGGUCUGCACAGAAAUAUAGUUGGAUGCAAUACCAAAUUAAGACUCCAUGAUGGAGAAUUAAUUAUUAAACCAUAUAGAGAUCACAUGCCAUUCAACAGAAAGACCUGCAAUAGACAGUUCUUGACCCAUUUUCCUGCAAGUUUUCUUCUUCAACAUGUUUUAAGUGACUUUUGGCAUAGUCAAUCAGAUGAAUUGGAAACAGAACAUGAGGAUACCUCGUCACUUGUGCUAAUUCCUGAUUGUGCACACAUGACAUGUGGCAGUGAACUGUAGCAAUGGUCACUCAUUUUAACAAUUGCUCUCCACUGUGGUGGAGACUUCAGCUUUGUUAAGCAAGGAAAUACGGUAUAUUUUUCCUCAAAUAAAUUUAUUUUUAUUGUACCAUAA